AUGUUAACCUUUCCUUAAAAUGCAAGAGAUCAUUUCUCUUGUGAUUGUGAUCCUUGUGAAUUUGCUAUUACACAUGGAGAAGAGAUUAUACCAAAAAGAGUACCUACUCAAAAACCAAUUUAAUAAAUUCAAGAUAAAGAUUUAGGAUUGCUUUUACGUAAAUUACAAGCUCCAAAUAAAUUAACUAGAAGUGUUAGAAUUAGAAUACCAGAAACAUGUGUUUGUAAUGAAGGAGAAAUUAAGUUUAUUGCAUAUUAUGAUGAAAGUGAAGGUUUCAUAAAAUUUAUCUAAAAACCAACAUUUCAAUAAACAAAACAGUUCAUGAACGAAAGAAGACCUCCUGAUUCUCUUGCUGUGAUAAUCAAAUAUAUUGAUAGUAUAAUUGAAUUAUAAUAGACAACAUGCAAGUGAUGACAGAUAUGGAAUUUACAAUUUUGAUGAUGAAAAGAAAAAUUGAUCCAAUUUGGUCACAAAUCUUAUAUAUUCAAAAUUUCAAUUCAAACAAGAACUAUGAAUUAUAACAUUAUGAAUUCAAACACUCAUUUGAUUCUAAAUAUCCAGAAUUUGAUUAAGCAAGAAUAGAAAUUCUAAUAUUGAAUGGAGAAAUUGCAAGAGCAUCUUCUGAUUUUGUACCUAUGAUAAGAGAAGAAGCUUAUGAGAAUUAAUUAUCAUAAGAUUAAUAUUGUAGAUAUAUGGUUUAUAAAAUGGUUCAUUAUGCUGAUGUUUUUGGAGGUAUCUAAAUUACAGAAGGGAAAUUCAGUUUCCUCAAGAAAACCUUUAUUUCAAUGGAGAGAAUGGAAUACAUAGAUUUAGAUAGAAAGGCCUUGUUUGAUUCAGAAAUUCUGUUGAGAAAGAAAAAAAUGAUUGAUGAAGAUAUGUUCUAAUUUCAAAAAUUAAUAGAUCAAAAUGUAAAAAAGGAAAGAGAAUAUGCAUUAAAAGUUUAUAGAGAAAUAUUAGAAAUGGAUAAUGGAUUAGAUUAAUCUUCACAUUUACUUAAAAAUAAACUAUCUGUUAUUGGAUAUGAUUUAAAAAAGUAUAGUUAAAGCAUUUAAUCUAAUUUUCAAUAAGUAAUGGUUAGUAAAGAUCCAGCUUCAACAUUAAAAGAAUUAGUCAUUGAAUAAAAGGUUAAUGAAGAGAAAUUAACUUCUAUUUUAAAACCAAAAAAAGGUGAAAAAACUAAAAAGAAUAUUUGA